GGAGAAACUACACUAUACAUACUCACGUGACUAUGUUGGAACCUAGUUCUUCCAGCGUUGGAGACAACAACUAUGGUCCAGUCUCAGCAACAAGUGAAAAAGACCAAGAAAAGUUGAGCUCCAAACUAUUAGACGAAAGGGUACGACAAGCACAAGAAAGAACAAGAAACUUGAAGCUAUGUCUCUACACAAGGUUGGCAGAAAAACUUGUGGAAAAGACGGAAUCCAUUUUCAAAAAGAUUGCUGAACGACAAGAAGCAAGUGUAGAAACCACUUCAGAAGAGUCUUCAACAACGGAUGCUUUAUAUAGUUCUAUUAAAACUUGUUUGAAGGAAGUAGAAAAGAGGAAAGAACUUUUACAGCAAGUGUCAACAGAACAAGACAAAAGGGCGAUGAAUUGCCUGGCCAAGUUACAAACUUGUGAAGUCAAACUUUUUCGUGUGUUGAACGAUCACUUUCAUAUGGAGGAUCCAAAAAGCACUCACGACCUGAUAUCCAAGAAGAUGGAAACAACAGAGCAUCACUCAAGCCAAGUAGAACGAAGAAAGAUGCCUAGAAUAUCAGUUCCAAUAAGAAAAGCAGCAGACCGCUUUUUGAGAACGGAUGGAACGAUAGACUUUGUAGCAAUUCGAGCUUCGAUAGAGUGGCUUUUGGAUAGAAUGACUGAAACUUGGGAACGGUUGAAUGGACGUUCUGCUGAACAGAAAACAAAUGGCUACCAAGUGUCACGUGAUAAACGUCUUGUUUUAGAUUCUGAGAGUAUUAAGGAGACAAAAAAAAGGAUUGAAGCUUUGGAGAAAGAACUUCAAGAUACCAGUAGAGCAAGAGAGAUGAUAUUAAGAAAGGAAGAUGCUCUAGGAAAACUUAAGAAAUUGAGGGAAAUAAGAACUUUGGAUGAAAAGGUGGAUAAUAUAAGGAAAACAUUAGCUAUUAAGGUUAUGCUAGUUGAAUUGGAACGAGUAUAUAUGCUUUUGCGUCAGGAAGUUGAACUUUCGGACGACUUUAAUGAACAGGAGAUUCUUAUUGCAGCAUUUGAGAAUGCCGAUAUUCAACUUGCCAGACUUGGUGUAUUUGCUGACUCUAAUGUUGCAUUACUUGUGAGCGAUGACGAGCUUGGACUUGUGGCAGCCAAUGUAGAAGAUGUACGUUCUCGUCUUGGUUUAGAAACGGAUGCCUAUAUAAGUGGUUGGGAAUGGAACAAACUUCAGACUUAUUUUGUCGAUGUUUGGAGAAAAUCGAAGCAAGGCUUUGAAUUUUAUUCUCGAGGAACCAAGUUACUGGGAGGCGAUAUCAUUUAUGCAGUAAAACUGAUUCGUAGAGCUGUAUUCGGCUACACAUUAUCUCCUCGAGAGGUUCGGACUUUGAGACGUACAGGAAGAGAUCUUUUGACUCUUUUUCCAUUUACGUUUAUCCUUAUUCUUCCAUUGACUCCCGUUGGUCAUGUUUUAGUAUUCUCGUUUAUUCAACGCUACUUCCCCGACUUUUUUCCUAGCACAUUUAGUGAGAGAAGACAACAAAGAAUGAAGAGAUAUGAGGCCAUUGUUUCCAACUUGGAUGACUCUCAUGACGAAGUCAACAUAGAAGACGUAUCAAAGCCUGUAUAUUCCAACGAAUUGAGCAAGAAUAUUGUUUCAACCUUGUCACAAAAGAAUGAAACGGAGGCCUAUCCCGUAAACAGAAAACCAAGUGAAGAUCCUUUGCGAACAUUGCCCAGUUUGGACGAAGUACAUUUGGCAGAAUAAGAGUAUGAUAGAAAUAGAAUCAGAAUAGGAAAAAGCAAGUACAGUUGAACCUCUUUUGGUAUUAAUGAAAAUUGAAUAUAAAGAAAUUCUGUUUGCAGAUA